AUGGGGCUACAAGUUCUAUUCCAAGAGAAACGUCGAGCUAUGUCACUGAGUGGCACGAGACCAGAACCCAUUACGGAAUCGACUAAACGGCGACAAUCCUCCAUUUCAUCACCACUGGGACCGUGGGCCAGACGAAACUCGUUUCUAAGUAGAGAUAUGUUACUGGAUGAAAACUAUUCAGUGUAUGAAUCUCAUAGUGUGUUUACAAGCAACGGAUAUACCAAAUAUAAUGUGAUUAGUCUUCGGGAAUCUCAAGGGUUUGUGUUUAACCAAGACUUGUUUGCUUCACCGUAUCAGCAGUCUCGGUCACUUCAAACGGAGAAGAAGUACCACCACAAGUCUCGAUCACCUUCUUCUGUGGAGAGCUCUAGCGUAUGUACCAGACGAAGACACACUUCAUACAACGAGACUCGACCCACGUUUUUGAAGGGUCAAACAGAUGCCAUGGAUGUUGAUGCAGAGCAGCAAGACAAUGAUCAAGCUCAUGGACAAGACAAUGAACAUGAACAUGCCAUGGGGAGCAGUUCAGAGGAUUCAGAUGAAUAUGAAGACAGCACAAACAAUUCCAUAUAUCGAGUGAAGGUCACAGAUAUCAUUUUAGAUGAAAAGGAUACCAUGAUAUAUCCGACUUGA